AUGGGCGCGGAAGUCUAUGCCCAUGCCGUUCGUAGUUCAUGGCUACACAGUUCUGGCGUUGAGCUAAAGGAUCGGGGAAACCACAUCCGAAGAAUAGCCUUGUUUCUUGCGUGGGGGGUUCAUGACGGCAUGCGGCGAGGAGCUACAGAAUCUGGUGUCUUAGGAGUAGAAUACAAGGGCCGGCCUAGCCUUGCACAUGAAAGGCAGAUCUAA